AUGUCUGUAAUACCUCUGAAUCAUAACUUUCCAUUCGACCUCAAUAUCCGACCGUCAACUAGCAGUGCUACUCGCAGUGAAGACACGCGAUUUGGUGAAAUCGCGCAAGCGAGCGCGAUUAGUAAGUUCGGCAUUGCAGGACGUGUAUGGGAAGCAUCAUACAUCUUGCUUUCCUACCUCGAUUGCAGCAAUCGCGAUGCGCCCGAUCAGCUCGAAUUUGAUCCUCCGCCAUUCACGCGCAUGGCAUGUGCAGAUCCCUUGACCAUCAUCGAGCUUGGAUCGGGCACUGGGCUUAUUGCCUCUCGGAUUGCAGAGCAUCUGCGAGUUGACCGUGAUUUGCUUCUCGCCACCGAUCUACCCGACGUAUGCGGGCUCCUGGAGGGUAACCUCCAGGCAUGCCCCGCAAUCCGCGUGCAGCCCCUCACAUGGGGAAGUACGGAAGCUGCAGUGGCCCUUGCCAUAUUUCUCGGCCUCACCACGCCUGGAGCAAAUGAAGCUCACUCUCCCCGUCAUCCAACCCACAUCAUCUGCAGCGACCUGGUAUAUUUCCCCGCAUUGCUCGCGCCGCUCCUCCGCACUUUACUGCACGUCACAUCUCCUCCCUUCCGGUCGCCCGCAGGCGAGAGCGCAGUGAUCGUGAUAUCGUACAAGAUCCGUAGCCUGCCGAAAGAGACGCCGUUCUGGUCCGCCUUUGGGCUCUGGUUCGAGUAUGCACCGGUGCUUGCGCUCCGUGUAGGCCUCGAGGCAGGAGCCUGGUGCCGCUUUCCGAUAACCCUGGAUGGUGAGGAUGAGUCGUAUGUGUUUGUCGCGCGCAGACGGAGCGAGUCGAGGACGUGGACGAUCCCUGAGAACGAUCGGGACUUACUGGCGGGAGUAGGUGCAUGGGGGACUUCUGAGGGCAAAGUGGACGACUCAUUUGAGACGAUGCUACUGAUGUCAUUGAACCCUGUGUAUGACUACAAUUAA